AUGUCUUUUCUCGACUUGGCAUGCCAAAGCAAUAGUGCCGUUUCUGAUUCUGAUUCUUCAUCAGAUAGCUCCAGUGGUGAUUCACGAUCUGGGUCAGUUGACGAGUCUGAGGACUCCGAUUCCCAGGGAUCUCAGUCAGGUGAUGAGGGAGAGGAAUUACGAAAAUUAAAGAGGCGCUUGCAAACAGAGAAAGCCCGAGCGCAGUCACAACUCAAUGCAGCUCGUAGAAGGCGACAGAAGGCUGCUGAUUUGGAUUUUCCAGUGCAUGCGGCUGACAGCUACAAGAAAGAUUUGACCGCAGACACAGAGCUUACCAAACCAGGCCAUUUUCUGAAGAAAUUUCGAUUUCGUCGCCUGCGACUCCUGUGGUCUUUUUUCAAUUCCUUCAUUCAAGCCAUCAUUGCCUGUUUCUACGACAGUAGAGCCAAAGUCCGACACGUCAUCAAUGUUUCUGUUGUGGACGAUACCAACAUGAAGCUGGCAUGCCCGUACAAGUCAACAGGCAGGUCACGUGUGAGCCGAGUCAUGUCUGUAAUGAAUAACGUGCAAACGGUGAUCUUCAACAUAGAUACAUCGGGUGGCAAUGAUCAACCCCCAGCAGGUUUUGCACCGGACGAUUGUCAAGCGGCAAGAAACGUGGCGACUUCCCAUCGCACAUUCCUUGUUCACACACCAAUGGUUCCUCUUGAGCGUGCCAACACAUGGGGCUUGGCGCGUGAAUUUUGCAGCUGGAUCUUUAUUUGGCUUGGGGCGAUGGGUGAGCGAUGGUUUCGCUUUACAAACUUUGCCUCUGAGAUGAGGGAUGCUGUUGGCCAAUACAUACCAGUGCAGGUUCUAGUGGUUUGCUGGGAUUCAUUGAAAACGAAUAUGGCAGUCUUGAAGGGGCUCAGGUAUGCUUCCCAUCUCAAGCAUCAGGAAGGACCACCUGGCAAUGGCAACCUUUAUCCACUGCUCAGUAUCAGGUGCUCGCUGCAUCAGAUCACUCUUUGUCGGAAACCGUUGCUGUUCCAGUGGAAAGGACAUUGGUCGGCGAUAGUCCGGCUUGCUCACCUCUUUGAGGCGCACUCGUUUCGACGACAGUUUCAGCGAUGCCUACUCAAAAUUAUCAGCUCUUCAUUCUUUGUGAUCCCUGUGAUCGAAAUGCCAAAUGAUAGCAAGGCAUGGCAGGAUGAACGGAACAGAUCCAGCGGCCUUUUGAAUGAAGAUCCUUCGUACAAAGCUUCGAGAUUAUCUGCUUACCAUGAGCUCUUCAAGUACGACAAUGGUGACCCUUCUUCCUUGCACAUUGCCCAUUACUGUUUGGGCACAUGUUGUUCCGGCAAAACGUUACUAGAGAAGAAGAAGCACGCCCUCAUUCAAGUUGCAAAGGGAUAUUUCAAUUUGUUUGGCCACGGCUUUGCAGUUCCUCUAACUUACAGGUGGCUGAAAGCACACCCUGCACUGCAGUAUGUGAAGGAAGGCACAUUACUUCACAACUUGCUGCCUCGUAUAUUGGAACAGAUUGCCCAGGCGGACCCCUCUGACAAAGACACAGAGGAUGAGCUCACCCGAUUGUUUUCCGAAGACAUUGGACCUGUAGGAGGAGAUCCUGAUGAUCAAGAUUGGGAAACACGCUUGCUGCAAGUUCAUAACACAGACGAUCUGAGCCCUGCCGAGAUAAGUCAGAAACGAAAACAAAUGACCUUCGCAGCUUUUCGACAAGAUGAUUUUGCAUCCAAGUCAAUUUUGAUGGAAUACCUGAUGUCUCCUCUUGUCGCUGGCAUGGACGAGAUGGAAGCAUUUGUUGGCAGCAUUGUGGUGAUGGGGGAGAUUUGGCGUAGGUUUGUCUUUGAGCGCCAAUGCUUUCCAUUCAAGCUAUGGGAUUUGCUUGGGACAAAUACAGAUGAAGAAUUUCUACAGAUGUAUCGAAGAUUUCAAGACCUCAAGGUUCAGUGUCCAAGAUGCUGUGAUAUUGAAUUUAGUCACCCUGUGCUGAACAUGAUUCCACGAUCCGAUGAUCCUUUGGAUCGUGCAACCCUUACGAAACUUGAUUCUCUGAGGGCGCUGUUGGUUGAUUUGGCUACUUACGCCCCACUUUCCUCCGACAUCACGGAGUGCCUGCACGGCUUUACACAAUCCAAAUGCCAUCGGUUUCGAGGGUGCAAGCCCACUGAUGAUGUUGCCCAGGAGCUGACUCUCUGGGCCAGUAUUGUUUCUGGCUAUCAAAAAUUCUGGGAACAUGUUUGGUCAAAGUUUGGUGACUACAAACUCAACUAUCGAUUGCAUCGAUAUGACAAGGUUGGUGCCAACCAAUCGUCCAGCAAAGAGGCUUCGAAAGAGACCAAGUACAAGAAGGGCGAGAAAGAAAAAUAUUCCGCUGAAGCCAGUGUCGAAACAGGUCUGAGGAGGGAAGCAGCAAAGCAAUGUUUUCCUUCCAACAAGAAUCAGCCAGCUCCUUUGGGGGGUGCAGCCUGGGAUGCAUGUGCAGAUCUAGGUUUGAAAGCGCAGAAGAAGAUUUCAAAGAGCCGUGUGGUGGAAACUUAUCGCCAAUUUCAACAGGCCCCAGACUGGGCCAUUUGGAAUGGGGGCAUUGCCUCUUCUGAAGGUUGCUUGGAACUGGACCGUAUCAAUUUGACAUUGAAAGACGACGAACUUCUUGACAAGUGGAUGUUUGCAGUCAAGGUUGGGCGUGAGCGACGAAACUUCAUUCUUGGCCCAGCCAUUUUGAAGCCAAGGCUUCAGGUCUUGUUGGAAGUUACUGUGGGCCCUGAAAAUCAAGUGUUUUUCUGCGAUUCUGUUUCGAAGUGCAUGAGUUGGCUCACAAGCCACCAAAUUUUCCAAACCAUUUUGCAAAAAUGUGGCCCUUUGAGUGCCUUAACGGUUCGUGUCUUCGAGUACGACUUUCCAGUCAUUGGCUCUUUGUUGAAUGCCCGAUGUUUUCCUGAGAGUGCUGUUUCUCACGUGCUGACUUCUUCUGCUCCGAGAAAAGCCAACAAGCGAAAGAACUGUUCUUUGCCCUUCGGGAUGACAUACCAAAAACCCAAACGUCGCAGAAUAGUUGGGGCAGCCAAGUCCAAGGCUUCACGACCAAGUUCCACACUGCAGGAUGAACAAGGUACCAACACAUCAUCACUCAUGGAGACUUUGCUAUCGAACUUUGGCCAUCAAUCUGAGUUCAAAGACAACAUCAGUGACACACCAUCUUCCAGCAGUGACACUUCAAGCUCUGAUUUUGACAGUGAGGGAGAAGAACUUCCUGCUGAUCCCGUGCGUAAAGAGGAGGAGAACCAGACACGCAGGGUGCUAGAGGAGCAUGCUGAGCUUGAAAGCCACCCUGAGGCCAGCGCAGGUCCAUCAUCAAAGGAUGUCCCAGUGGCCAGUUUACACCGAGCCAAAACCCAAUGCAAUCCACACAUUGGUCUCGUUGAGAUAUCCUUUCAAGUCCAUGGGCGUUUGGCUGUGUGCAAAGGGUGCAACGAUAAGAUCGAAAAGAAGUCAAUCAGACUUGGGUAUGCGUACAGCUUGAAGAAAUUUCACUCGUACACCCACCUUUCGUGUUUCACGAAUUACUUGUCAAAUCAAAGAGGUGAUCCAGAGCAGGCACGGAAUUUUAUUUUUUCUUGGUUGCAGAGCCACCCGGAGAUUGAUCAAGAGGCCCGAAGGCAACUAUCAGUGUUGACGAGGCAGCUCUAGCGGAAGCCUUAAACAUUCCAGAUUCCAG